AUGCCAAUAGUGGGGGACCAGGAAUUAGAGAUGAAAUACUUCUCCAUAAAGGUGCAUAAGGCCCUCCAGGGUAUAAGGCAACAGCCCAAAUCUCAGCACAAGUCAGGAGGGCUGAGAAACAUUCCAAAAGUAAGAAUGGCUGACACUGAGUGCCAGGUGCAGUCUGAUAAAGACCAAGUAUCUAGGACUAAAUUCACCAAAUCCAAAACUGUUUACAGCAUUCUUUGUCAUGUUGCUGAGGUGUUAGAGUACACCAAGGAUGAGCAACUGGAGAGCCUGUUCCAGAGGACUGCCUGGGUCUUUGAUGACAAAUACAAGAGACCUGGAUAUGGUGCCUAUGAUGCAUUUAAGCGUGUAGUCUCAGACCCAUCUAUUUUGGAUAGUUUAGAUCUGAAUGAAGAUGAACGGGGAGUACUUAUUAACAAUAUUAAUAGGCGUUUGACAUCACAAGCUGUCAAAAUUCGAGCAGAUAUUGAAGUGUCUUGUUACGGUUAUGAAGGCAUUGAUGCCAUAAAAGAAGCCCUGAGAGCAGGUUUGAAUUGUUCUACAGAAACCAUGCCCAUCAAGAUUAAUCUAAUAGCUCCUCCUCGGUAUGUGAUGACUACAACAACCCUGGAGAGAACAGAAGGCCUCUCUGUUCUCAAUCAAGCUAUGGCUGUUAUUAAAGAAAAAAUUGAGGAAAAGAGGGGUGUCUUCAAUGUUCAAAUGGAGCCUAAAGUGGUCACAGAUACAGAAGAGACCAAACUUGCAAGGCAGCUUGAGAGGCUUGAAAGAGAGAAUGCAGAAGUGGAUGGAGAUGAUGAUGCAGAAGAAAUGGAAGUCAAAGCUGAAGAUUAA